UUAAUCCGCCGUGACGUCAUUGAUGUUCUGUAGGUACUGUACUUAACUUUAUGUGACGUCACAGCCGUAUGGAUCUAUUCACUCAUUCGUUUGUUCGCCAGAAGAAAUUUUAACCAGUUAUUCACUACGAGGAAGCAAAACGUAAGCAACAAAUUAUCUUUUAGACAACGAAGGAAUGGGGAGAAAGAAAAAAAGUUGGAAUAUUGAAAUGCCAAAAUUUAAAAACGUCGAAUCCAAUGGCACCGACAAUCCAGUUCCCAUCAAUGAUGAAAUUGAAUCAUCUUCGAAUUCCAAGACAACAAAAUUACAAAAGUCUCUCUCAGAUCAACACGCAGCAAUCAAUUCUAAGCAUAAAGAUUCUCAAUCUUCAAAUGUGGAAGAAUAUACGACUUAUCAAAAUUCUGAACCCGGCCAGUUUAAUAACAAAAAACCUAAUGAAAUUGAGUCACAAACGCCUGAAGAAAACCAAACUAAAAGGUAUAAACUUUACAAGGGUUUAUUUUUCUCGUCUCUGUCUAGUGUUUUUUUCUCACUUUCGUCAGUCAUCGUCAAAUACAUCGAUGAACUACAUCCUGGACAAUUAGCCACAUUGAGAUUCGUAGGAAUCUUAGUAUUUACUAUGCCAGUGGUGACUUACAGUAAAGAACCAGUAUUCGGACCUAAAAAAGUACGACAUUUCUUAAUAAUUCGGGGUCUCGUCGGUGCAACUAGCCUAUUUCUUCGAUUCCUUGCCUUUCGUUACCUACCAAUAGCAGAUGCAUCAGUUAUUGUUUUCAGCAUUCCAGUAUUUGUUGCAGUAUUCGCUAGAAUCUUUCUGAAAGAACCCUGUGGUAUAUUUCAUGCCAUCGCCAUCUUUUUGACAUUAUUGGGAAUAUUUUUAAUCACCAAGAUGCCAUUAGUCAUCGCUAGUAGAAUGGCUUAUACGACCGAUCAAUUAUGGGGUGUUAUUGCUGCCGUUGGAUCCACAUUUUUCGGUGCUAGUGUAUAUGUAGUCAUAAGAAGAAUAAAAUACCUUCAUCAUUCGGUUAUAAUGUUCAAUUUUGGGUGGGUCGCCGUAAUCGAAACACUUAUUUUAACUGCUUCAAUUGGAUAUUUUAGUUUACCAAAAUGUGGGCUUAAUCAGUGGCUUGUAAUUCUUUUGGGUAUAUUCAGUUUUUGUGGGCAAACGCUAUUAACUUUAGCUUUACAGUGCGAACACGCUGCACCAGUAUCGAUAGUCAGAGCCGCUGUCGACAUUGUUUUGGCAUUUUUUUGGCAAAUAUUAUUUUUUCACGAAAUUCCAGAUGCCUAUAGUAUAUCGGGUGCUCUCUUAGUAUCUUUUUGUGUAGUAAUGAUUAGUUUUCGUAAAUGGAUAGUAUCUCUUCCAGAAGAAUCCACGAUUCGAAAAAAACUAUUUUUCUUAACUUUAUAAAUACGAGAAAUAUAUUUUUAUUAAUUCGUUCAUAUUUUAUAUCU